GUGCCUCCGUAGUUCCGUAAUUAAUUCCGUAAUUGCGUGUCCCCCUCCCGCCGGGCCCGCCCCGCGCCGUCCCGCCCCGCCCGCUCUGAGUGACGGCGCCGGGGCCGCUCCCGGGCGGGGCCGGGCCGGACCCGCUGCUCCGCGGCCCCUCAGAUGCCAUGUUGCCUCAGAAGAGGGGACAGGUACCUUCCAGAGUAGCCAUGAGCAGUUAUUGGAAAAUCCUGGGAAUUUUCUUACUCUCUCUUCCAAGUGCAGCGUCUCUGCAGCCAGCCCAGCCCAGGGUGCUGCUGGUGUCGUUCGAUGGGUUUCGGUGGGAUUACAUCUACAGAGUGCCCACUCCCAGUUUUCACUAUGCCAUGGAGAACGGGGUGCACGUCAGGCAGGUGACGAACGUGUUCAUCACCAAGACGUACCCCAACCACUACACCCUGGUGACAGGGCUCUAUGCUGAGAGCCACGGCAUCGUCGCUAACGAGAUGUAUGACCCCGUCCUGAACGAAACCUUCUCCCUGAACAAAAUGAACACCCACAACUCCAAGUUCUGGGAAGAGGCCAGUCCAAUAUGGGUGACGAACCAGAGGGAAGGACACAAAUCUGGUGCUGCUAUGUGGCCUGGAACAGAUGUGAAGAUACAUGGAGUCUUGCCUACACAUUACAUGCCCUACAAUGAAUCUGUUCCCUUUGAAGACAGGGUAGCAAAGCUCAUUGAGUGGUUUACAUCAGAAGAACCCAUCAACUUUGGUCUCCUGUACUGGGAACAGCCAGAUGAGACAGGACACCUUCUAGGCCCAGAAAACCCACUCAUGGGAACGAUAAUCAGUGACAUUGACAGAAAACUGGGAUAUCUCAUUUCUGAACUGAAGAAAGCAAAGCUGUGGGAUGUGAUAAAUGUCAUAGUCACAAGCGAUCACGGAAUGUCACAGUCGUCCUCAGAAAGGCUCAUUGAGCUUGAUCAGUACGUGAGCAGAGAGCUCUAUAAAGUCAUCGACCACUCCCCCACAGUAGCCAUUUUGCCAAAAGAAGGCAAACUGGAUGAAGUAUAUGAAGCUUUGGCCAAUGCUCAUCCCAACAUGACUGUAUAUAAAAAGGAGCAGAUUCCAGAUAGAUUUCAUUACAAACACAACAGUAAAAUUCAGCCUAUUUUAGCAGUGGCUGAUAAAGGAUGGGAAAUUGUACAAAACAAGACUGAUGGUUUUCUACUUGGUAAUCAUGGAUAUGACAACACUAUACCAGAAAUGCAUCCCAUUUUUUUGGCAGUUGGGCCUGCUUUCAGAAAGAAUGCCACCAAACAAUUCAUGAAUGCUACGGACUUGUACCCCUUACUGUGCCAUCUGCUUGGCAUCAGCCCACUGCCCAACAAUGGUUCCUUCAAUGCUGUGAAGGAUAUACUUGCUGAGAAAGUUCCUGGAGCCCGUAGAACAGAUUCCUACUCCACUGUGGUAGGAGUCUUCCUGGGAAGCUUGCUUGUUUUGGUUUUUACUGCAGUUUUUGUUAAGCAUUUUGUCCUUGCCCAAGCAAAUUCCAUGCAAAUCCGACCCACAGAAGCUGCCCAGCCACUGCUGCAAGAUUAAUAACAGCUGGGAUUAUUUCCUGAUUGAGGCUUAAAAUAAGCCCAUACGAAGAAAAUAAACAAUGGAGGUGGAUUAGCAUGAAUAUGUGGAGUGAAAGGAGAUGGAUGCUGAUCCAUUGGUACUCUGGGGCAUGUACAGACCAGGGAUGGAGAGAGAGCAUGUUCCUGUGUCACACUGCAGCCACUUCAUCUUCCAGGGCUGGAAGAUAUCCUGGGUAAACCUGGGAAGCUCUGUGUGUACGUAGACCUGUAGUGACAAUAGACCUCAAAUACCUUAUUAUGGCUUUUUUUUAGGGAAAUAACAUCAACUGGGGUGCACUUCACAGACUAUUAGAUGGUGAUUUCAUUUCUCACCCUCUUUUUUGUUUUAUUCUUUGAGGGUUUUUUUGAGUCUCUUUUUUUAACAAGUGACUGAAUGGUACUAAACUUCUGUGUUAGUAUUUUUCUUCCCUGCCCAAGGAAGCUUUUGCACAGAUCACCAUUACAGAUAACUUGGUGGGUUAAAUCCUGCAGAAAAGAACAUGAUUAUUCAGCUAGGUCAUGCAGUGGUAGGUGUCUAAGUUUAGCGUUACAUAUAUUUCUUCAAAUUACUGUGUUAACUGUAGCCCCAAAAUACAAAUCUUAAGCAGUAUUGCCUUUAGCAAUCAGCAUUAAACUGCUAGAUGCUUAAAACUUAAUUUAAGUAAAUAAAGGUUUUUACCACUUCAGAUAUGAUUUCAGGUAAAUCUAGGUCUUUACUUUUUUAAAUUUCCUGUACACUGCACUACAUUUUCUAGGAGUUCCACGCAGCUGGCAGGAUAAAGACAUGUACAAGCACCACACCUGUAUAUCCAAAUGGAGUGUUUUCUAUUUCUGUGGUACUAAGGGAGGUGAAUAAGUUAAGGAACAAGGAUGCUCAGCCUGGUUUCAGAGUUCUGUCAGGCUUGUCCCUGGUCUGCUACUGGAGAUUCUGAGUUUGACUUGUGUUUUAUCUGCUCUGUCUGGGUAAGCCUUGGAAUGUGAUGAUCAGGAUUACACAUGCAGUUUAAGGGGCAGAUGUAUAAAUCUUAAGCCUUAAAUGUUCUUAAAUCUGAAAAAGCACACUUUAAGAAUAAAAGGUGUAAAACUGGAGUUUAAUUUUCCAGAGGAAAACCUCUGUCAGGGAAAAAUGAAUUCUGAGUCAACAAAAGUACAUAUUCUCAUUUUGUGUGGCAAUAAAUCUUCUUGCUAGUGUAGCUGUGAGGUUUUUUUUUUUGUGAGCUCACUUAAAUGGUGAGAAUCUGCUGACUAAAUUUUGUAUGAAAAAUGUUCUGAAGUGAGAAAAGUUGUCUAUUGUCAGACUUCUCCCCUUCUCCCUGUGAGAUGACAGUAUUUCUCAGCACUUUGUUGCUGAGUACAACGCCUGAAGGAGAAAGAAACUUUCAAAAUUAGUGCAGAAGUAGCAGACUGGGUAUUUUUAAAUGCAAUUUAUGUCUGUAUCCACAGCCCCCAGCAGAGGGCAAGGAUGGGAACACCUCGGCUUUGGAUGUGCUCUGCCAAACCAAGGGCAUGACAGUCAGUGCUGCAAGGGGAGGGCUGGGGUACAAAAUUCCUUUUGCUGGGCUCAAUUCCAGACUUAGUGAAGAUCUGUUGUGUUCCUCUGUGAUGCCAGGGACACUUGCUUAGCACCAAGCUGUCUUGCAGGCAGAUGUGGACAUUUCCAGAGGCAACAUUUGGGUGCAGUGAAUGCUUCAGAGGGAAGGCAAUGAAAUAGCCCAACUUAAGGGUUAUGCUGAAAGUUCAGCUGCAGUAGUAGCUUUAGGAAGGCAGGAAAAAUGCAGGUCUGUUGGAAGACAGCCCUUGAUUUGGGGGAUGUGUAUGAAAUGCUGUGAACUCCAGCUGACUCUGUGCUGUUACUGUGCUGUGAACUGCCUUGUUUUCCUGCAUUGCCAUUUUCUUAAGAAAACAUUGAAGGAAAAGGUCUGUAAGGCUGAUUCGUAGUGCACCUGCCCUUAGCUGUGCCUGAAGUUGAAUUUGCUGGCACUGGUAAAUCUGAGUGCUGUGGGGGCUCCAGCUGAACCACGACACCAGGAAUGUGUUCACAGCAGUUUUCAGAGACCAGGGAAGUCUGAGCACAAACCCCAAACCUGAGAGUUGUUACCAAUCCCUUCUCUACACACCUUCCAAAAAGUGGAUGGCACUGAGUCCACCUUUUCUUGCCUAUUUUCAGCUUAAAAAUGAAUUGUAGCACAAUCAUAUUGUGUGUUUAAAGGAAGAUCCUCAGGCUUUGAUAAGGCGAUAACAGUGACAAUUGCCAUAACAAUGCCACAACCCUCACCUCUAGCUUCUGCACUUUGGAACAUGUUGCUUUAGUAGAAAUUCUUCUUAUUGCAGUGAUUUCAUAGCAGUGAUCAUGGCAGAUGUAACAAUAACUGGGUUGUAAUCUCAGAGCUUUUCCUUAAACUCCACUUAAGUUGUGGCAAGUGUAGUUCUAUCAUCAGGCAAAGUGACCUUGAUUUUAAGGAGGGGGAAAAGUUUGUCAGUGUUGAUCAGUCAUUUGGGACUUAGAUUUACCUGCCCAAAUAUGCAACAAGGACAGAGCAGUAGGUUUCCUCCAACAAAGGGUUUGGUAACAAUAAUACGAGAAUAGGCUGGGGACACAAAUGUGAGAAUUGUUGAUGUCAUUGUUCUGUAUUGCACUGUGAGGCCCUUCUUUGAGGAGGGCAAAGUAAACCUUUGUAAAAAAAAUAAGGGAAUCUUGUAGCAUUUGGGUAUUUCCUUUAUUCGUGGGUGUAUUUGCAGGUACCUCUUGGGUAGUUCCUUGUUAGGAUAUUUGCCCAACUGUUUCAGGUUACUGGGUGUGAGCUUAAUGAAAUUGAAAGCACAGAUGAUGCCACUGGAGAAAAGUAGCAACUUUUUCUCUGAUGUGACAUUUUGUCAGACACCUUUUUGGGUGGGGGGGGAUGUGGGAUUUGGUUUGUUGUGUAUUAUACUUUCUGUGAUGUACAAACAAGUUUAUUGAAAAGAGAAUUGAGUACACAGUGUACUGCUUGUAACUUAAACUUGGAAAACAAGAAUGAUGCAUGAUGUGUUUCAUUACUGACCUGUGAAGAUGUCAGAUGUUUUCUUUGUUUCUUCUUGUUGGAAAUGCUGAAGUUAGAAGACAUCUUUGCUAUAAUGCUGUCAAGCAUGGAGUCCUGGCUUCAUUUAAAAUGCUUCUGGAAAACAAACUUGGACUGGGGGAGAAUGGUUUCAACUUGUAUGCAUCCCAAAUAUUCCUUUGACUCUGAAAAGUGUAUGCCUUUGUUAAAAAUAACUGGAAGUGUGAUAGAAGUUUGGAAUUUUAGGUCACAGUUCUUAUGUAAGAGACUUCUUGUUUCCUACCUUGCUGCUAUAUAUGGAAAAAACAACUAUCAAUUACCAAUAGUGGGAAUCCAAUUUCUUUUACUAAAAAAAAAUAAUUUCCAGACUUUCUUGGUCAAGAGCUGCAGUAAUACUGCUACAAGAAAUGCAGUCUCAAAAAAGAAAACUUAAAAAGCAGAAAAAUCAGAUUAAUUAAAUCACUUAGGUUGGAUAAGUCCAACGAUUAACCCAGAACUGCCAAGUCUGUUGUAAGAUGAAAAGUUGUACAAACUCACUUUUCAUACAAUCAUAGAAUAGUUUGGGUUGGAGGGGACCUUAAAGAUCAGUUCAUUUUCAACCCCCCUGCUCCCCUGACCUCUGUCAGAAGUGUGAACAGCACAGUUUUGAUCUGCAUGUGGGGAAAGGACAAAUGUGCAGUGGUUGGGUCCUGUUGUUUUGUAAAAUGGAAAUUUAACAGGCUUACUUCCCAGUCUUCUUCCCUGCUUAAAUAAUGCCAUGGAUGCUGUGUUGGCCAUAUCUGUGCUGCUGUAUAAACCUUUCAUGGCAUGUUUCCCCUACAGUAAAGGUGGUAUAGCAUUUAUUAGAUAGUAAACUACAAAAAUUGUUGCAAGCACAUUAAAAAUAUAAAUUCAAUAGUGGUACCAGCCUUUCCAUAAUGAAAUCCUAAUCUGAAUCCUAUUAACAAACCUCUAUUACUGUUUUUUUGCAAUAAAAGAUGCUACCAUGUUACAGCAAA